AUGGCGGCAUCCAAGACGACGAGCAGCAUCGCCGUAGUUGCGGUGGUCGUGGCCCUGCUGUGCCUGGGCGCGCGGCCGGCAGAGGCGUGUAACGGCCACCCGUGCCCGUCUCCGGCGGGAAAGUGCCCGGUGAACGCCGUGAAGCUGGCGGUGUGCGCCGACGUGCUGGACGGGCUGAUCCACGUGGUGCUGGGGCCGCAGCCGCCCAAGCAGCCCUGCUGCUCCCUCAUCUCCGGCCUCGUCGACCUGGACGCCGCCGCCUGCGUCUGCCUCGCCAUCAACGCCAACGUCCUCGGCAUCAACCUCGACAUCGACGUCGACCUCACCCUGCUGCUCAACUACUGCGGCUGCAAGGUGCCCAAAGGCUUCACCUGCGCCUGA